AUGGCAGAGCCUUUAGAAAGGCGCUCCUUUUCUUUUAGGAAAACAGUUACAGGAGUGGAUUUUCAGAUUCCAGUCAAUUUUGAGGAGACUCUAAGGGAUGUGAAACCACCCAUCAUUCCACCCCUAUUUAGAUCAGUAUGCGAGGAGAUUCUGGCACGGAUUGCCUCUCGUCAGUUGAGCAUUCUUCCAGCUCCUCUAAGUGCUCUUUUUUUUAAUGCCGAUGCCAUGGGAGAAAGUUUACAGUGGACCGCCCAAAUUGACGAGGUUAUCAAAUUGCUUCAUUUUCAACACAAGGGCUUAAGUGAAAAGCAGAGAAUUCUCAAACGCAAAGCAGAUCUAGAACCGCAUCAAACAAGUGUCAUUACUCGUGCCAUGUUCCGUUACAUCGAACUAUGCUCCGGGGGAGUCGAUUUGACCAUUGAAUUUCCAGCCUAUGGUUAUUUGAUCCUCGGUCCGUCUCUCCAAAACGAAGGCAAGGCGGAUUUGAAGACCUACUUACGCUCACUUGACGCAUUCAUUCGUGCGGCGCUGGAAAAGAACCCCAUUAAACGCGAUAUUUUUUGCUAUUUCAUGCAUUUCUUGUCUCAAAUCUACCAGCUAAUGGGAGAAAGCUAUCGAUCGCAGCCAGCACUUUGCGGAAUGACUCGCUACCUCUUGGCAAAUCGGUUUGGUGAAGAGCUGAUCACUCUCUUCUGUACAGAAUGUCAAACAAGGAUAGAUGAAAGUCAAAAGGGCUGCCGAGUUUGUUCUUACAUACCAACUCAAAUUAAACCACCUUAUGAAACACAAGUUAUUGAUAUGAUGUUGGAGUACAUUCCCCUCUCCUACUGGCGCGAAAAGUUGAACGAUCCACGCGGUGGUUUAGCAGAGCGAAGUGGUGCGGCCCCAAAACUCGACCAACUCAACUUCAUCCCUCAGACUCGGAGAGUGUCGAGUGUAGGCGACUUGCCGCAUAUAAAAUCGACACACGAUAAGGGAAGGAGAACUUCUAAAGUGGAAGGCAAAAUAUCAUUUGCAGGAUCUAGUAGAAACAAUGGAGUAUCGUUACGAAAAUCACGACUUUCAGCAGCAUUUGUUGCUGAGGAACCAAGGGAGAGUGUAAAAAAUAAGGAGAGUGGGGAGGGUGCUGAUAAGAGUGAUGACAGUCAAGAGCCUAACGACAAGGUAAAGUUGUCGAGCCAACUGGGAAAUGGAGCUGGGAGUGAUGUCAUUGGUCGUAGUCGUAGAAGCGGUACCAGUGGUGUUAUCAGUGGUCCCAAAUCUAUUGGUGGUCGUAGGAGUGGUGGUGGUGGUGGUGGUGGUGAAGGCGGUGGAAGUGGUAUUAUCACUUCAGCUCUACGAAAAGAUUCAAUCUCCUCCAUAUCACUUACUCGCAGACAUACACCUUCAAGUGGUAUGAGGUCAACCCUGUUCACCACUCCUCCCACCCUCUCGCACGAAUCAAUGGAGUCGACAGCAUCAGAAAGGACGGAUAGGACCCUCAUCUCCACACCAAGAAGGCAAGUCAAAAGAAAGCACCGAAGAGGGCGUUCGAGGACAAGAAAACCAAGGAGUCGUAGCGUCCCAAGAAAGAAUCGCCAAAGAACGAGGUCCGCCGGCAGGAAGAAGAAAAACCGUGCUCGUUCUCCGAAGGAUAAGAAGGAA